UACAUUUCCAACACGCUGACCUGACCAUACUCCCAUUGAGAGGUACACCAGGUAGUGAGGUCACGCCACAGGUAUUAUGCGAGAUGUCUGGAGGAAGGGCGGUUUCUUUUGGACCGCAGGAUCGGGGAGUCGGUUUUCUCAAACUGUCACACUAUCUGUCUCCGCAGGCUAGGCCGCCUUCAUGGUUAUUGAGCUCGUGCCUCUUUGGGAAUAACUCCAAGCUCUAAGACUAUGACAGCAAAGCGAGGGAGGGUGGGGGCUUUUUGGAUUUUUCUCAUUAGAAAAUCCCUCGGAUGUCAGCGUAAUGUUGUGGAGAUGGCUGGAGUAGUAUGCGCUGCGUCCCGAAAGUGUCCUGGGCGUUGCUGGCUAGCUCUUCCGCUGGCAUGGCGAGGAGAAAAAGAGCAUUGCCAAUGUCUGUGUGUCUGUUGCAUAACAGUUCCAAUACGCUAAUCUUUAACCGCGCAUUUAGACGGGGCUUCUGGCUCGCGGCACAUACCAAGGAUUCAUGGAUGAACGCAUUCUUAGUUAUGAGAGGGCACGAGCAGAAGAGAAAACCCCUUUCCGCUACCAUCCUAUUUCGGUCCCAACACGAGAUGGCUACAACCUCAGGUGAGAUCUCUGCAGAAGGUGCCAAUAGUCAUCUUAAAAUUCCGCCUCCCGCUGCUCGCCGGCUCUGUACCAUGACGAUCCCCAAGCGACGAGCCUCAGGCCUCCGUGAUGCUCUUGAAAACACUAGAGAACUGUUCUCCGGGCGUGACACACUCGUCCUGCCGAUACUCCUCAAUCUCAUGAGCCGUGACAAAGAGGCGCCAAUCCCCCGCCCGUGGAAAGCUCACGCCGUCCCACUUCCAGAUGUACUUCUUGGCGUUUUGGUCGUAGCUGCUCAACGCAACCUUGUUCUUGACCUCCACCAUCUUGUCCGGGUGCCUCGUGGACGACGCUGGAUUGCCGGGGUCCAGGUACAGUGCCAGCUGUCGUGCCGUCUUGUCCUGGACGCUUUUGAAGAAUUGGAGCUGGCGUGGGUCGAUGGAGACCUCGACGUCGAAUUUGUCCUCGGUGGUCCUGGGGACUGGAUUGACUCUGAUGAAGCAGUCGCCCCUAGUACCGAAUUUGUCUACACACGGUAUGCUGCUUAUGGCUUGGGCCAUGGUGGUGGAAGGAAACUGUAUUCUUUAUGGCUCCUGGUAUCUAUUUCUGGUUUUGAAGCUGCAAUGACGGGGCAAGGGGUUCCUGUAGGCCGUAGAGUGGCUGAGGCUGGGAUGAGGGAAGUAUCGUUUACGGGGGAAGCCGAGUAG